AAUCAGCAUUACCAGUUCAUCACAGUGGAUUAGAACAGGAAGUAAUCAAUAAAUAAAUUAUGGUUGUUUUCAACAAAAAUGGACUUUAACCAAAAAAAGUGGCUAUAUUGAAACAGUGCCUGUGUAAGUGUUGGAUCAUCGUAAAUGAUUAUUGCAGAGUGUGAUCACAGUAAAGGGAAAUGGAAGUAUCUGAGAAAAAGGCAAAGCAAAUUCCCUCAACAUCCAUUCUUCAAGGUUCCGACGAUGAUGCCCAGUUUUACUGCAUACCAUGUGAACAAGAAGGGCACUGUGUACAAGCCCAUGGUUACUGCCAAAACUGUGCCGAGUAUCUCUGUGAAACAUGCUAUAGAAGCCACAGAAAACCUGCCCCUUGCAGAAAUCACGUCCUUCUGGAUAGUUCCAAAAUGCCAAAAUCUCAAAAGUAUCAAAGGUCCCAUCCAGUUGCACAUGACCUAGUUGAACCCUGUCCAAAACAUCAAGGGGAAAUCAUAAAGUAUUACUGCCAUGACCAUGCCUUCUUUGGAUGCAGUCCAUGUAUUACAAUCAAUCACAGAGCGUGCAAGGCAGACUACAUACCAGAUGUUUCAGAAAACUUUGUUGCCAGUCAAGAAUAUACCAAUCUUCUUCAUUCUUUGAAAACCCUAUGUAAUAGCUGUAAGGAAAUCGCAGUAACAACCAAAGAAAACAAAAGGGAGAUAAAGAAACGCACGAAAGAUUUAAGGGAAAAAAUUGUAAAGUUUAGACAAGACAUUAAUCAUACAUUGGACAAAUGGGAAAUGGAGCUCAAUCAACAAGUCGAACAUAUCUUUGGUAAAGAGAGCUCAAAAGCUGAAUCUGUAGAAACAGAGUGCAUUGAAGCAUCAACUGAAGUUCAAAAGAUGCAGAAUGACAUUGAAACAUUACACGAAUCAAGCAAAUUAAAUGAGCUGUUUAUCAAAGUAAAGAAAAAUGAAAAUAAUCUGAAAAAAUAUGCAGCACUCAUUGACCAAAUGCAAGAAAAGAACACAGUUUCUGAUGUCACAUUUGAACCUAAUUUGGCUAUAGAAAGAAUGCUGUUGGAAGAAACCAGCUUAGGAUGGCUUAUACUGCAGCAAGAUGGUGGUAGUAAGUGUCUUUCUACGACAGCAAAAGAACAACCAUACAAACAUCAUAAAGAACCAGCCAUGGAAAGAAAACAACAAAAUCUUGCUAAACAGGCAGGAGGUCAAAAUACCAACACAAAAAAGGUUUCUGACAAAGAAUCUGUCAGCCAAAAGCAACAAACCAUCAUGACAGAGGUUAAAGGUCAAAAGAACAGUGGAACAGAUGUUUAUGCCAACAUUACAGCCACCCAAUCUGGCAAAAUAAAGGUAAAGACAGAAAAAGACAGUAAGAACUGCUAAAUCACAGGAAUGACAAUCAUUUCCAGAGACAAACUUGCAAUAGCUGACUAUGGAAACAGUUCCAUUAAAAUAGUUGAUACAAAGCAAUCUAGAAUUUUAUCUGAUAAGAAACUGAAUUCUCCUCCAUGGGAUGUGGUACUUUUGCCAGCAGAUGAACUGGCAGUAACAAUUCCUGGGAGCUAUAUGAUCCAAGUAUUAUUUAUAUCAGAUCAAUUUUCUACUAAAAGACAAAUCAAAGUUAAAGGCCUAUGCCAUGGACUUUCUUACUUCAAUCAAAACUUUGUAGUGACAUUUAAAUUACCUACAAAAGUUGAGAUAUUGACAGUACAAGGUGAUCUUCUAAUGACAUUCAUGAAUGAUCAAAGUUUUCAAAUGCUCGACCAUGUUGCUGCAGAUGACAGCAAAAAUCUUAUCUAUGUCUCUGAUGCUCAAGUUUCUUCUAACAAAAUAGCUUGUCUAAGUUUGAAUGGAGAGGUUACAGGUAUAUAUGAAGACAGUAAACUAAAUUCUCCACGUGGCCUUGCUGUUCUAGAAGAUGGGUCACUACUUGUUGCUUCUUCUGGAAGCUCAAAAAUAUGCUUGGUUUCACCAGACUUCAAAACCAGCAGAGUCUUGCAGAAAACUGAUGGUCUCAACAUGCCAGAGAGUGUAGCACUUGACAGGGAACAGAAGAAAUUAUAUGUUGGUUCUUGGAAUGACAGUUUCAUAUCAAUAUAUGAAUUAAAAUGGUAGCAAUGGUUGAUGGUGUAAGUACGUCAGUAUGAUCAAACUAUACCAGACUAUCUUCCUAUGGCUGAAGAGUAUUAUGUCUGAUACUUAUGUACAGAAAUCAAACUGUUAAUUGCAAUUUGCUGUUAACUGUUAAAACACUACUACCCAGAAUUAUGCUGUUAAAAUAAUUUUGUUACAAACAAAUUCUGCAUCUGUAAAAGACCGCCUCGGUAGCCUAGUGGUAGAGCGUCCGCUUCGAGUGUGGAAGGUCGUGGGUUCGAUCCCCGGCCACGUCAUACCAAAGACGUAAAAAAUGGUACUAGUAGCUUCCAGUUUGGCGCUCAGCAUUAAGAGGAUAGUGCUAGGACUGGUCAGUCUGGUGUCAGUAUAAUGUGACUGGGUGGGGUAUCAUGCCACGUGUCUACGGCGUGAUAUUCCAUUGAGGCAGCACUAUAAAGUUGGGCAUUGUGCUCAUUGCUACAAGUAGACACCGUCGUUUAUAUGACUGAAAAAUUGUUGAAAAAGACGUUAAACCCGAACACACACACACACACACAUCUGUAAAAGAUGAAAGAAAUAAACAUACAAGCAAAACAGUACAGCAGAAGUCUUAACCCUUAUAAUGCUGGACACGAUUCCGCCUUUGCAACCAGUGCAGAUCAUGAUCAGCCUGCACAUAUGUGCAGUCUGAACAUGAUCUACACUGUUCGCUAUUCAGUCAGGAUCUUUUUGGUAUGCACCCCCUUUAACAGUUAAUGGUACUGUCCAAAUUGAAAGAUGGACAAGUUUAGUACAGAAAUUUAGCAUGGAAAGGCUUAUACUAAAGCAUUCUGAUUGGUUGUUUCAGGGCAGUCAUGAAACUGACCAAUGACAACACUGCAUUAUCUAACUGGCCUCCAUACCAAAUGUAAUUAUCUUGGAGCAUGCGCAAUAUUUUCAACGGAAAAUUUAAACUUUUCUUACUAACUAAGUCUAGAAUAAUGUUUUGAUAAGUAAUAUGAAAAUGUUACAUUUAGGUAUGAAACCAGGGUGUUUAAUAUUAGAUCAGCUAUUUAUUUUUUUUUUGGUGAGAAAGUCUGACAAUAAUAUUAGGGUUGAUCCAAAAGUAAGGUCAGCACAUCCAUUGCAAUUAUGUCAACAUGUAUGCUUAUUCAAUGAAGAUUAAAUAGGUAAAUAUUACUUUUUUGGGUUUUAAAUAAUAUAAACCACUUCCAAGUGUGCCAUUGAGGACAUUUGGUCACAUCAAUAAACUGUAAAAACAACAAAAUAAAGACAAUCAUCAGUGAUAUCAUAACAAUGCACCUAAUUAUAUGAAAUAAUAAUGGUGUGAAGCUACUUCUUUCAGAAGUAAACCAUGAAAACUUUUGUGCCAUCCUAUAAAGAUCGCUAUGUGGUGCUUAGAAUUGUUAUUUGUAAGAAAACAAAAAUAUAUAUUUUUGAUGUCAAUAACGUCCGUAACUAAUGGCAAUAACUGCUACGAUGCUUUCUGUAUGUUUUAAUUCUAGAGAAAUAAACAACAAUUUUUUAUGAUAUUUUAAGAAAUAUUGUAAAUAAAUCAAGGUAAAUGGCAG